CUCAGCCAGUGCCUCUCCAGGCCCCCGGGAGGGGUCGCAGUUGACAGGAAACGCCGCGCUGCCAUGUUGCCGAGCCUCCCGCGGCGCCAGGGCCCGGCGGCUGUGAGGGGAACAAAAGCGGCGCCGAGCACUCCCCGGCCUUCGCUGUGCGGCCUUCCCUCGGCUUGGCUCGGCAGCAGGCGGAGCUCUGCACCGCGCGCUCCUUUUCAAAUCACUCUGGCCUCGGACUCAGUUGUUUAGUGUUGGAGUGUGAAGGGGCUGUUUUCUUUCCGUCGCGGCUCGGACUUGGCGGAGGCAAUGGAAAGGGCUGCCGAGCAGUCCUGGAACAGCUACACCUACCAGGUGAGCCAGCACAGCGCCGACAUGUUGAAGAAACUCAACGGUCAGAGGAAGAACGGCGGCCGUUUCUGCGACGUGGUGCUUCGGGUGGGCGACGAAAGCUUCCCGGCGCACAAGGCCGUGUUAGCCGCCUGUAGCGACUAUUUCGAGUCUGUGUUCGGCGCGCCCGUCGACGAGGCCCAAGGCCGCGAGCUAGAGAUGCACACCAUCAGCGCCAAGGUCUUCAGGGACAUCUUGGACUUCGCCUACACCUCCCGUAUCGUGGUGAGGCUCGAGAGCUUCCCGGAGCUCAUGACGGCCGCUAAGUUUCUGCUCAUGAGGUCGGUCAUAGAGAUCUGCCAGGAGGUCAUUAAACAGUCCAACGUCCAGAUCAUGGUGCCACCGGCUAGGGGAGAUAUGAUGGUCUUCCGCCCCGCCAAUGUAGACUUCAGCUUUGCCCUGGACUUAGCCGCUGCUGCGUGUGCCAAUGGCAACUUUGUGGGGGAAAAUGGACACCUGCAGGGUGCUGGUGAUGUCAAGGUAGGUAGCCCUGGUGCACCAGCCCCUGCUCCCGCCCUGCCGCCUCUGCAGGGUUCUUUACCUGUGAUGGAUGGCUUGGUGACUUCGCCUGCAACACCGACCCUCGUGGCCGGGCAGUUCCAGGCUCCGGUGAACUCGGUGGGCACUGACCAUUCCAAGGUGGUCAAGAGGGGGCGCGGGCGGCCUCGGAAGGCCCCUCUGUUUGACUUGCCGCUGCUCACAGCACCGUUGGCCAUGAGGGACGAGGGGUUUUACCCCUGCAGUUUCUGUGGGAAAGUAUUCAAGAAUGCAAACCGCCUCCUGCUCCACGAGGCUCAACACACGGGGCUGAAUAUGGAACUGGGGUCGGGGGAGAAUCAGGUUCCAGGACUUGGGGAUAAUCUGCUAGCCUCUUCAAGCAGCCUCGACAGCCCCCGAAAGAGAGGCAGAAUGAGGAAAAACGUGGCCUGUGAGCUCUGCGGUAAAGCUUUCAGGGAUGUUUACCACUUGAACCGCCACAAGCUUUCGCAUUCAGGGGAAAAACCGUUUGAAUGCCCUAUCUGUCACCAGCGUUUCAAGCGAAAAGACCGGAUGACCUAUCACAUUCGAUCUCAUGAUGGAGCAGUGGGCAAACCCUAUAUUUGUAUCAGCUGCGGAAAGGGCUUUUCCAGACCGGAUCACUUGAAUGGCCACAUUAAGCAAGUGCACACAGCAGAGAGGCCCUUUAAAUGUCAGACAUGUGAGGCUUCCUUUGCUACCAAAGAUCGUCUACGCUCUCACCUGACAUGUCAUGAAGAAAAAGUUCCCUGUCAGGUGUGCGGGAAAUACCUACGUGCAGCCUAUAUGACUGAUCACAUCAAAAAACACAAUGAAGGACCAAAUAACAUCUGCAACAUCUGUAACAAAGGUUUUUCCACUGCUUCCUACUUAAGGGUCCAUAUUAAAACCCACCAUGGUGUCCCUCUUCCCACCUCGCACACUUCUGAUCCUUGUGACAGGCGGUGCAGGCCCCAGACUCAGAUCAUGAUUCACAAGCAAACGCAGAGCGGGGAGAUGGCUUUUCACUUUGACAGAACACGCUCGUUACAAGAUGGUGAGAUGGAUGGGCUGAAGUGCCAGCAUCAAGACCUGCAGGACAACUCUGACUCCUUUGCAGAUCUCUCGGAUAUCAGUGACCUUAAGUCUCCUCUGAAACAUGACCAGGAUGAGUCUUUUCAGUGUGACCUCAACAAUGGGAAAGUUAAAGUUGAGACCAAUGCUGAAUUAUAUGCAGAACCGAAGAAGUACACCUGCCCAGACUGUGGCUCUGUCUUUAAAUCCAAGUCCUACCUGAAUAAGCAUAUGCUAAAGGCUCAUGUCAAAACCAGUGAGGGAACACUGAAUGACUUGCCUACUAGCCUAAGCUCACCGUUUUCAACCCAUCAGAACAUGUCUCUCUUGGAGUCAUUUGGAUUUCAAAUUGUGCAGAAUGCGUUUGGCUCAACUUUGGCUGAUCCUGAUCCUGAUCCUGAUCCUGGUCCAGAUCAAGAACAGAAGCAGAGUGCUGAGGACCCUGCUGACCAAAAGUGAGAUCUUAUUCAAGAGCAACUCCUCAAAUUACAAAACAUUGUCAGGGUUGAGAAGCAGUGAUCAGAAUGAUCACAUUUUUUUAAGACAUCCAAAACAAACACUGCCGGUUGGGAUGGGAUUGAAAAGCUAACAGUACCUGUUGGAUGGUGUGGUCUGUACCAAUAUGACUUAUCAGAUUUUGUGUACUCCAGGACAUUGCAUUGGGCAAAUGAUGAUUCCUUGCACAGUAGGUAUCAAUUGCCCUAAAUCUUGGAUGCAGCAGAUGCAUUUGUUACCACAUUCAAUAUGUGAAUUGGGGGUUGGCUCCUGCAGCUGAAUUUUCCAUUUGACAGUUUCUGAUCAGAUUGUUAUAGUGAUACACCUCUAUGCCAGCUAGCUAGUGUCUGUCCGAUGAAAUUUGUUAAAAAUGAGCAAUUUGUAUUUUUAACAUACUAAAAAUAUUCUGUGAUGUCUUUUUAAUUUAGAAAGGAUAUUAUGGAAUGAAUUAGAUAACAGGUGUUGAAAUCAUUUUAGUAAUAAACAGUUUUUUUAAAAAAAUAAGUAAUUGUAACUUCAGAUCCCAGAAAGAGAAUCUCUUGCAGAAGCCAUUGAUUCUUAUUGGGUACCCUCUUACAAUGACCUAUAUGCACAACAAUCAGAAUUAUCUGAGUGCUAUAGUUGAUAGAGAGUAAAAGUCGGAGUCAGCUAUGGAUUCACGUGUAGAGUAAAAGACAGCCAAUUAUACAUCUAUACUUGGUAUCAGGCAGCAUUUGUGAAAAGGGUGAAAAACACAGUAAAUGUUAAUUCUUCAUUCUGAGAUUUUAACUUUUUUUCCUGUCCAUAGAUGCUGCCUUACCUAUUAAGUCUUUCCAGCAUUUUCUGUUUUUAUUUCAGAUUUUCAACAUCUGCAAUAUUUAGCUUUUGAUCAGUCUAUUGCAAUCCCUUUAUACUUUUAAAAGAACUUCUCAAAAUACAGACAUCUUUGGCACAGUUUUAACUGAUAGCCAUGUGUGUUUGUGGUGAUUAUUAUUUGGUAUAUAUGGCUAAGUUGCGGAAAAAUGUAUCUAGAUGACUUCAGAAGUAGUAGUAUUCAUUAACACAUUUACAAGUACAUUGAGAUAAUAAUAAGCCAAGAUUCCACAGAUUUGCAUUUAACUGCAAAGUAAACUGACAAGUUUCUAAAUGAAAGUUUUCUGCGGUCAUUAACUACUGGCGGGUGGAGGGAGCCUCAAGUCCUUUGUCAGCACGCUACAAUGUUUUGAGGUUUAAACCUUUAGAAAUUCAGUACUUUUUAAAAAAUAUUUUCUCACUGAAGCCUUUUAACGCACAUAAGCUCUUCAGUCUAAUUCAGUGUUUAAUGAAACCAGUUUAGUCACCCAAGGCCUCAUUCUUGUAUCAUUUUCCUGUGCAUUGUAACCGCUGUUUUGAUCUUUUGAUAUUGGACACUAAUCUCUUCAAAGUAGUGAAUGACUGCAUUCCAAAGGGAUGAAAGAGUUUUGUUGAAAACAUUAUAUUAAUUAAAGUAAUUGGUGGGAAAAAAAGAGAAUCUUGGUUGGGAGCUGGAGCAUUUUGUCCAGCUUACAGGAAGCCUGAAGAUUGAUCAUAAGACUCUUGAAAUAUGUAGAAAUAAGAUGUGCGAGACUGGAAAAGGGCUGUUCGACACAAGUCAAAGUCCUUAGAGACAAUUGCAUCAGAUUUUCAAUUUGUCAAUCACAGGGCAAAAGUUGCUCUAGGAAGUUAUUAAUAAUUUAUUGAUUAGCAAUGGGGUGAAAUUGAGCUCAACAAUUUGUGAAAGAAGUUAUGUGAUGCUUUGGUAAAAUUACGGUUGGUAAGAGGAAAAAUGAACUGAAUUUAAUUGAUGCUUCUAUUCAAAAUUUUGUACAUCAUGUUUUCAGCUUGAGUUGUGCAUCUAAACAAUAAACCCCUGUUUGAGUGCAGCAGAACUAAAGGGUGCAGUGUAAAGAAAUGAUCGUUACUUAGUAGUGUGAUUAAAGUUAGAUGUUUAUUUGGCUAACGUGAAACCAUCUAUUCUCUUUACAGUAAAAUGAUCAUAAAUGCAUUAACAUUUACAAACUUGGCCUCACAUUAAAAUUAAGAUGCAAACUGAAACUCCUUGGGUAUGGUGCUCAUUCUAAUUACCAGAUUAAUAAUUCCAUCCAGACGAUGGUAAUCUUAAAUCAUGGAGUUGCGUGUCAAUUAGAUUGCUCCAGAAUCUGGGCAUGAAAGGGAAGAGUGUGGAUAUCUAACCUUGUUUGAGUGCUUUAUUUGUUUGGCUGAUUAUGUUGCUGUGAAUCUAACAGUUGCAGUAAAAGCUGCAGCAUUUGAAGAGAGGAGGAUUUUAGGUGGUGAAUCAGCCUAGGACAACUGGAGGGUGUGAUAGGGGCAGCACCGAUGGUUAGUGAGAAGAAAUCAAGUGAGAGAAAAAAGUAACUUUAAAAAUAGUAUUUCAAAGAAACAUUAUGUUCACAAGGUCUAUAUCUGCAAGUAUUUCCAAGCUGUCUUUCAGCACCAGAACCAUGUCCAAAACUGAUCAGACAGAGAUGCCAAUUGAGCCUUGUUACAAGAGACCAGUUGUAUCUUUAAAGAAAUUCAGGUCCAAGUGUAGUUUCCCCAUCUUAGCUAGUAUAGCUGACUCAUUAACCCUUUUCAUUCAAAUUUUUGUGAUUUAUUUGGAUGGGAUGAAAAUUCUUUUGCCAUUUCUACCUUUGUGUUUAAGUUAAUGUUAUAGAUACAUUAGUAAUACGUGGUUAUUUAUCCUGUUUUGUCUUUUGUUUUCUAAUAUAUAUAUUUGUGUAUUUAUAUAUUUCUUAAAGCUUUUGUUGCUGGGGAAUUUUCUACUUGGAUGACUCAUGAGUUUGGAACACUUCAUCAGGUCAGGUCUGGCAUAUACACAGCAAUGUUUUUCAAAUAAAGCAUUUUUCCAUCUAUCAGCUGUUCUUGCAGCUUCUCAGAAGUAGAACAAACAUAUUGUGACCAGAGGCACCUUGAAGGACUAGUUGAUGGUGUUAUCAAAUAUUCUUUCUGUUAACAGCUUCACACUCACAUUCAGAGAAUGAACAUAUUCUACGUCAUCUACAUUAAAGCUACAUAUUAAAGAGCAGGGUACACAUAGCUAAUUAAUUCCCUUUCUUUGCCUCGUUUAAGUGUCUAAAGCUUAAGAGUUAUCCUACAUUUAUCACUGGAUUGAAAGUAACUUAACAAACCCAGAAAUAGUUUCCAAUAACUGUUCUGUUUAGAUUAAGAUUUAUCUGGUCUGUUUGCAUUUCAAAGACUAAUUUAUUGUUUAUAUACGUUAUUCAUUUUUAUGGUGUCACAUUUUAAAUGACACCUGUUCAAUUACCAGGUUGGAGCCUUUUGUCAUUAACUUGUAGAUGUGUUUCAGCCUAAUGGUCAUAUAGGUGAGAUAAAUGAUCUUGCAGUCCUCCUGAUUCCUGAUUCAGUGACCUUUGGAAACUACCUUGGGCUAUUGAGUGUGUUGAUUAAUUAUUUUUAUUACAAGCACUGGUAAAUACAUUGCUAACACAUCAUAGAGAGAUGCAGCACAGAAACGUGCCCUUUGAUUCCCAAAGUCAGUCAGCAGAUAACACUAUUUCUACACUAAUCCCGUGUUUUUUCUAUUCUCCAACAUUCUCAUCAACUACCCCUUGACUACCACUCAAUCUACACACUCAGAGCAGUCUAUAGAACCUACUUACCCACAAGCCUUUCCUGUGGGAGGAAACUGGAGCACCUGGAGGAAAGCCACAGUCAUGGUGAGAAUUGAUCCUGGUUCUUCAGCGCUAUGAGACAGCAGCUUUACCAGCUGAUCGUUACGCAGUGACUUUGCUUGUGUGGCCACAGGUCCCAGUUAAGGUUAAUGCUCAGUGUCUAUGUUCACAAAAAAAAACCCAGAGUCUACUGUAACCCUUCAUGAGUUGAAAGAACAUCACUGAGUGGAAACGGUAUGAUCUGUAUAAAAACAGUUAACAAGUAUUUUCAGAUUUUUCUAUAUUGAUUACAUUUUUUAUAUAAUUGGAAAUGGAAAAUGGAAAGUAACUUCUAACGAAAGGUCACUGGCCCAGCAAAUAGAUUCUCUAACUUUUAUCACAGGAGCUGCCUGACUAUUUUUAGUAUUUUCUAGGGUUUUUAUUUCAGAUUUCUAUUAUCUAGUUUAUGUUUAGCUUUUUUUAUUAUUACUUUCUUAGAUUCCUUUUGACAAAGGAGGAGCUUGAUUAACAAAAAUUAAUGAUUAUAGAUGAAAAAUACGCUUUCUCAAAUAGUGAUGUACGUUGAUGGGAAUAACAUAAAAUAUACAUUUAAUCAAAAAAGCCUUUUUUAACCUUUGACAAAGCAACAGUAUUGUCGUAUCCCCUUGGAUGUUACCAAAGAAACGGUGAUCCCAAGUUGUGAUUUAGUCUUGCUGGAUUUUAUUUAAGCUUUGCUCAAACAAUGAUAUGACAGCUUGCAGAGUAAUGUUUUCUCAACUCCUAUUAAGUAUUUGUUAAACUAAUUUGCAGGUGCCAUAUCAUUUAUAAAGCACUGAAUAGCAGAAAUAAACUACUUUAAAAAUCUAUAAUGACCAAACAAGUAAAGAGGUAGCAGACAUAUUGUCAUGAAGUCAAAGAGCUAACUUCAGAAGAGUUUUCUUUGGCCAUAGUGUAGUGAGGCAUUGGAUACUAAAGAUCUUUACUAGGAUCCAAUUCUGUAUGUUGCAUAUUUAAGGUUUCAUAAAGUUUUGCGGUUUCCCUUUAAUCCUAUUUGUAUAAAAAAUGCAUUCAGUAUUUUUAUUCCCUUUUUUUCCAAGUAUCCAGAAUUUGCUUUACGAAAUACAAUAAAACAUUUUUUGCUGUACUUUGAUCUGGUCUAAAAUAUAGCAGUCAAAUAACAAGAGUUUAUCAAAUGAGUUUUAUCCUGAUCUUUGCCAAGCCAGUUGGCCUCAGGUGGGUGACAAUACGACAGCGACAUUGAGCGUGACUCUCCUUGACUGGAAGCCUAGUGGGUGACAGCACCUGUUUCUGCUAAAGAGCAUGAGGGCACUUUUUUGAAGAAAGAGGGCAAAGUUGACGAUGAGUAAUUAAAAAAAAAGAAAUCAGACCUGAGGCACAUUUAAAGCAUAGAAACCCUGCAGCAGUCUGAUAGUUUCUUUGUCACCAUGACUUCAAUAAUUCUAAAAGCAGGAUAACAUUAUUUACUUUCAGUCAAGAUUUAAAUAAUCGGGCAUCUAAAAUUUUGAUUGUUAAUUCAGGUUUACAAGAGGGGACCGACCCAUAGCAGUAAAACAAAUUAUUUGGUGCAGUGUGUCUGUGAUGCUGUGUGUGCUCCAUGUAAGCCUCCUGUCACCCCGAUUAAUCAAUGUAAGCUAUUCCUAUCUCCUUACAGAUUUAACUUUCUCUGAAGUACUUCUGUGCAUGUAACUUGGUAGCACGUUAAUCACUCUGGAUAAAGGAGGUUCUCCUGUUUUUUUUUAGAUUUAUUAAUGGAUAUCUUACCUAUAGAGUUCAAGAUUUGACAUCCCCCUGACAUAUAGAAAUAGCUUCUGUACAUAAGAUAUAUACUGUGCCAGGCUUUAAAGUCUGCAAGGCUAAACCUGAGCAUUUUUCAUAAAAUGGUCAAGGUCAGUCUCUUCAGUCUUUUCCUGAUGGGUAUGGUCUCUCAGUUUUGGCACCA